GAACGCGCUGGCUCCAGCACAAAAGCGCCCAGCGAUGACAACGAUGACAACGAUGACAACGAUGACAACGUCCCCGAGAGCAGGACACGGCACGGGGUUUGGCCGGGGCAGGGCGGCUGCGGGGCCCACACCGGGGACAAAAGGCGACUUUAUUCGGGACGAUCUCCUUGGGACCGGGGCGCAGCAAUGGGACACAGUUCCCGUCCAUCCGGCUGGCACGGCGAGGGGACACCAGACAUCGGGGCACUGCCGUCCCUCCUGAUGCCAGCCACCUUCCUCCUCCUCCUCCUCAGCCCUGCUGGCACCACCUCUGAGCCUGCGCUGCUGCCCUUCCCAGAGAUCCGGCUGGCCAACGGGCCCAGCCGGUGCCAGGGGCGCGUGGAGAUCCACUACAACGGCUCCUGGGGGACGGUGUGCGAUGACGACUGGGACAUCAUGGACGCCAACGUGGUGUGUCGCCAGCUGGGCUGCGGCCACGCCAUCACCCUGCCGGCCGCCAUGACCUUCGGCCAAGGCAGCGGGCCCAUCCUCCUGGACAAUGUGGACUGCAAGGGCUGGGAGGCCGCCCUGAGCGAGUGCUGGAGCCACGGCUGGGGCAUCCACAACUGCUACCACUACGAGGACGUGGCUGUCGUAUGCAACGAGCUCUCGCCCACACCAGCCAGCGAAGGGCCGACCACCAGGACCCUCGCCACCUCGGUACAGGAUGGGGAAGGUGACGGCAGCAUCCGCCUGGUGAGUGGGGCCGAUGCCUGCCAGGGGCGGGUGGAAAUCUUCUACCGGGGGAGCUGGGGCACGGUCUGCGACGACGACUGGGGCCUGCGCGAUGCCAGCGUGGCGUGCCGGCAGGCGGGCUGUGGCCAGGCCCUGGACUACAAGAGCAAUGCCUAUUUCGGCUACGGCACGGGGCGCAUCCUCCUGGACAACGUCAACUGCGAGGGCAGUGAGCCCUUCCUCUCCGCCUGCUACAGCCUGGGCUGGGGCAUCCAUAACUGCGGCCACCACGAGGACGCCGGGGUCAUCUGCGCAGGUACCGGGCCACAGGGGCUGGACACGUCCACCAUCACCUCCUUCACCACCUCGGUGACACUGGACUACGAGGAGACGCUCACCGCCACAGCCACAGUGACAGACGGUGGGGACCAGCCCUCCCAGGCCACCGAGGUGGCCACCACCGCCCUCCUCACCAUCGAGCAGGAAA